AUGGGUAAACAAAAAGGCGGAAAUUUCAAACGUAAAAAAUAUCAACGAUCUAAACAAGAUGGAGGUUUCUUGGGCGCCAUACCCAUGUUUUUGGGUAAUAUGUUUAAACCACCCCAGAAACGACGUCGAGCACCCACCAGACAACGACAAUACCCCCCACGGCAAUAUUACCCACCACCUCAAUAUUAUACACACCCUCCCAUAACAAGAACAAGAAUCAGAAAAAAAAUACAGGGUGGGACUCAGCGGGGUGGGAUCGUAAAAGGAGAAUGGGGUCCACACAAUUUAGGAGGUCCAGUACAAAUUACUCCAAGAAUGAUUCAAAGAAGACAAAAAAGUGGGUUCCUAACAGAUGCUAUCAACACGGGCGUUCUAGAUCAUUACGGAGAACAUGAUACCACAAGAAAAACCCUUGGGUUAAAAAAAACAACCCCAAAAGGUGAUUACAUACAUAAAAGAGUUAAAAUUUCUUCUGGUAAAAAAAAUACAAACUCUCUCUUUCAGGUGGGGGUUUUCACAAAACUAGGAACUAA